GGCCGCCAGACCUACACCAGGUACCAAACGCUGGAGCUGGAGAAGGAAUUUCACUUCAACCGGUACCUGACCCGCCGCAGGAGGAUCGAGAUCGCGCACUCGCUCUGCCUGACCGAGCGCCAGAUCAAAAUCUGGUUCCAGAACCGCCGCAUGAAGUGGAAAAAGGAGAACAAACUGCUCAACUCCUCGCAGCUCAGCGCGGAGGAGGAGGAGGAGAAAGCGGCCGAGUGAAGGCGGAAAAAAAAAAAAAAAAAAAAAAA